AUGGCUCUCGUUUUCAGAUUUCCAGCUUAUCAUCCGUGCAAGUGAGUUCCCCACUGUUUCAAUACAAAUCUCAAUGUAGAUCCUUGGUAAAUCUAUUUAUCUAUGCUUGAGUAAUGUACCUAUCUUCUAACACUAAUGAAUCAUUCAAUAUCACGGGAAGUGCCAAUAUCCUUAAUUAUUAUUGUCUGUGAGAGUAUUUCUGAAGUUUCAUUAGAAAAGCCACGGCUACGAAUGGAUAAGAAUAAAGUUUUACCAGUUUAGACACUUAAAAGAUGUGUGAGUGUCUUCUUUUUCGACUACCAUAUUAAACAUUUUGCUUUUCUUCCGUGUUGCAGUUACUACAACCGAGUUCCUGGAGGUUUCGACUUUUUCCACCAUAUGUGGAGAGAGAUUUCUCUGGCAUAUGAACAAGAAGUCGGCAACCCUUGCUGCCGUAAAAGACAGCAACAGUCUCACAAGGGAGCAGUCAAGAUCGCUUCUGUCCCGCUAGACCAGUUCAAACCUGAAGACAUCACACUCAAAGUUGAUAGCGACAAGGUGACCUUACAUGGUCAGCAUCGCUCAGAGAGAGAAGAUGGCUUUGACACAAGCGAGUUCAAGAGAGUCUUUAAACUACCACAAGAUAUCGAUCCAACUACCGUAAAGUCACGCACUACUCAAGAUGGCGGCACCCUCGUCGUUGAGGGCUCAAAACGGCUGUAA